UGAAUCAGAAUGCGUACACAGCGACCGUAAUUAAUGGAACCCCAUUCUGUACCUCUGCCAAGGAAGCCUACAGUCUUAUGACGAAAACUCCCCCCUGUGUCUCAUCACUGAAAUGCUCUGCGGUAUUCCUUGUUUUUCUUGGAAAGGUCUUUGUUGUGUGUUUCACAGUAUUUGGAGGACUAAUGGCUUUUAAUUACCAUCGAGAAUUGCGUGUUUGGGUCAUCCCGUUGCUGUUGGUUGCUUUCUUUGCUUAUCUGGUUGCACACAGUUUCUUAUCUCUGUUUGAAAGUGUUGUACAUAGUCUGCUCCUGUGUUACGCAAUAGACAUUGAGACCAAUGAUGGCUCAUCUGAAAAACCCUACUUCAUGGAUCAGGAACUGAUGACAUUAAUACACCAGAGUAGCAGCGACCCAGAGGCGAUAAAGAACAGGCCACUGCAGAACGGAGAAGAUGGAACUGAGCUUCGGCCAAUAGCAAGAGCGGACUGAGCAGCUGAUGUGUUCUCUGUAAAAGAAAUAUGGUGGAUGGCCGGCUCUUACCUUGCUGGUACAUUAACUAAAGCCGCAGCUGCUGCUCCUGACAUAUGAGGAGAGGAGAGGCCUAGCCAUUCUUUUCCUGUAGGUCUUUGAGCCUGAAGGACUGUGUCCAGUGUCAUUUCAGUGCCUUUUACAUUCUUCACCCAACUACAGGGUGCACCAUUUAGUAAAUUAUAAUAUACACAAUAG